UUGCCUUAAUCUCCUGGUUGGUUUCGAUGGCUGCUCCUGCCUCUUCAACUCUCGAAGAGCAGCUCACUUGCUCUAUCUGUUUAGAUUUGUUCCAAUCUCCUGUAACUACAUCUUGUGGACACAACUUUUGUAAAGACUGCCUCGAGCACUUCUGGGAAAUGAUCCACAUUCACAGCUGCCCACAGUGCAGAGAAACCUUCGAUCCUGGCUUACCUCUGCAGAAGAACGUGACUUUGAACGGCAUGGUGGAGAAAUGGAAGAGGGACACUGCUGGAUCACAUGAGCCCGAACGGCAAGCUGAGCAAGAGACUGAGGUGGAACAGAGCUGUCAGCCUGGGUGCGAGGGGAAGGAGUCCGGGUUGCCACCAAGUGAGGAGUGUGAGCAAGAUUUAACUUGUAAACCGCAGGAGGAGACUGAGGAGAAAGCUAACGCUGAGUUGGAGAGCAGGAGCUCAAGUGAAGACGACCAAGGUGACAAUGUUGUCAUUGAUCCUGAUGAAGUGGUCUGUGAUUCCUGCAUUGACAAGAAAUUAAAGGCUGCAAAGUCUUGUUUGACCUGUAUGGUUUCAUACUGUGACGAUCAUUUGAGACCUCACCUUGAAAACAUUGCCUUUAAGAAUCACAAGCUGAUCAACCCAAUGAAAGACAUCGAACAGGGAAAAUGCAGUCUGCACGAUGAGUAUCUGGAGUUCUUCUGUACAAAUGAUCAGAGCUGUAUCUGUAAGGAAUGUGUUGUGGGGAAUCAUGUUUAUCACGAGACAAUGCCCGUCGCAAGAGCAAGGGCUGAAAAAGAGAAUGAACUUCGGGAAGCAAAACUUAAAAUCGACAAGAAAAUUAACGUUGCAAACAAUGCUAUUGAGAAACUCCAGAAUAACUCCUCCUCCAUCUUAAAUUCCGUGUCAGAGGUGAAACCCAAUAUUGAGAAGCAGUUCAGUGACCUCUUGGAAGCUGUCCAAACGGCGCAGAAAGAGGUGCUCAAAUUUUUGGAGAAUGAACAGCGUGCUUCACUGAAACAGGCUGAUGGGAUCCGCAUUCACCUGGAACAGAAGUGUACGGAGCUGCAAAAGACCAAGCAACAGGUGGAAGCACUGGCCAAGCAGGGAAACACAGUGCAGUUUUUACAGGAAUUUUGUGAAUGGAAGAAAAGCCUGCUGGAUGAUAAACUGCCUAGUGUGUACAUCGGGCUGAUAGACAAACUUACUGGAAUUAGCGCUGCUGUUUCAGAAUCAACAGAGGACAUCCUUGAGUUGCUGCAGACUUCCUACACAGAGAAACUAAAGGCAUUUGCUAGAGAAGAUAAAUUGGGAUUCAAGACAACUGUGGCAGUGAUUCGUGGAUCAAAACGUUGUCUUGCCAAAAAACAACCAAAGAUACGAAAUGAAUUUCUGAAAUAUGGUGCCACGUUGGUAUUUGACCCGAAUACCGUUCACAAGUAUCUUCGUUUGGUGAACGACAACCGUACAAUCUCCAACACUGCUCCGUGGCUACACCCCUACUCCAAGCACCCCGAGAGGUUUGAACACUGGCGGCAAGUGCUGUGCACCGAAAGUUUUUACAUGUUUCGGUGCUACUGGGAAGUGGAAAUCCACGGAGAAGGGAUUUAUGUCGGCAUGACUUACAAAAGCAUAGACAGGAAAGGGGCUGAAAGCAAUAGCUGCAUCACGGGCAAUGAUUUCUCCUGGUGCAUACAGUGGACGGGCAAGGAAUUCUUGGGUUGGCAUGGUGAUGUGGAAGUGCCGGGGAACGUUGAGAGAUUCAGCCGGAUAGGAGUAUAUUUGGACUAUCAAAACAGGAUCCUGUCAUUUUACGGUGUUGCAGACACCAUGGUUUUGAUACAUAAGUUUGAGUCAUCGUUCACGGAACCACUUUAUCCUGCGUUUUAUCUCGCCAAGAAGGAAGCGUCGGUAUCUCUGGUUGCGUUUGAAGAAGAUGCGUUGAAAAUUGAAACCGAAUGAAAUCAUCUUUGAGACUGUUGGUAACACCAUGAUACCGGAUCCCUGUGGCAUUGCUGGCAGUGUACAAGUCCACGUUGAAAGCUCUCGUUCAUCUGAUCACUAUGAAGAUUGAUGGUAAAGUGUAAAAGGUCUCCACAGUUAAAUAACAAGGAGUGAAAACAUACUUUUUAGCUGAUGUUUCUUUACACUGAAGCCCGUGUUGUUUUGUUCUUUUUUUUAGUAAAAUGUAAAAGUUUGAAUGUAAAAGUAAGUGAGCUGGAAGCCGGAGUAGGCCACUCAUUCUUCGAGCCUGUUCCUUCUGACAUGUCAUCUCCCCAUUCUACUCCAGUCAAGGCAUUGACAGUAUUUGAUACUCGGGCAAACAACUUUUCAAUUCAUCUCACUUGCUGGUGUGUGCGCUCCGGGUUGACUGUGUUUGUUGUAAUGAUAAUAAAACAUUGCAACAAUUAGUGUAAUAUCAA